AUGAAAGUCAAUUUCGAUGCUGCAUUUGACAAGAAUAAUCUUAUGUCAGCAACUGAAAUUGUUAUAAGGAAUCACAAUGGAUUAUUAGUGGCUGCUGGAUCUUACCUGGACUUAAACAUUUUCGAUCCUUGUGUAGCAGAGGCAACAACAUGUGAACAGGCCAUCAGGCUAGCACAGGAGUUGAACUUCAGGAAGAAAGAAAGAAAUGGCUACCUCAAAGGUGUCGUCACCGAAGUCAUCCACGACCCAGGGCGGGGCGCCCCGUUAGCCCGAGUCGUCUUCCGCCACCCGUUCCGUUACAAGAAGCAAAAGGAAUUCUUCGUUGCCGCCGAGGGCAUGUACACCGGACAGUUCGUGUGUUGUGGUAAGAAGGCUACCCUCGUGGUCGGAAAUGUUUUGCCUCUUAGAUCUAUCCAUGAAGGAGCCGUCGUUUGUAAAGUUGAACACCAUGUCGGUGACCGCGGUGUUUUCGCUAGGGCUUCUGGUGAUUACGCCAUUGUUAUUAGUCACAAUCCUGAUAACGAUACCACCAGGAUCAAGCUUCCAUCGGGUGCAAAGAAGAUUGUCCCAAGUGGUUGCCGAUCUAUGAUUGGCCAAGUCGCCGGAGGUGGUAGGACUGAGAAACCUCUGCUUAAGGCUGGUAAUGCUUUCCACAAGUAUAGAGUGAAGAGGAACUGCUGGCCUAAGUUCGUGGUGUGGCUAUGAACCCAGAUGAGCAUCCUCACGGUGGUGGUAACCAUCAACACAUCGGUCAUGCUAGUACUGUUAGACGCGAUGCCCCACCUGGUCAAAAGGUUGGUCUUAUUGCUGCAAGGAGUACUGGUAGGCUCAGAGGGCAAGCUGCUGCCAAGGC